AUGUACAACAAGGAGACGGUCAAUCUGACACAAUCUGACACGGUUAUUCUUCAGUCAAACUUUUACAACACGUUGGACGCUAUUUACGAAGACGAGAGGAUGCAGAGCUUGUUCACGGCGAUCGACCCAGAGAUGCACAAGGCUCUUAAACGACCAGUGGCACAAAAGUAUUCCAUGACGUCUAUUCGAACCCUCGAGUAUCUUGUGGACCCCUGUACGAAAAUGUUCACGGAUGCCAUGACCGAUAUGCAGGGGCAGGUGGUCGACUUGGGCACGUGGGUACAGUGGUACGCAUUCGACGUCAUUGGCGCCAUCACGUUCUCCCGUCGCUUCGGAUUCAUGGAGACCCGGUCCGACGUAAACGAUGUUAUCUCUGGCAUUGAGACCGGUCUCAUGUACGGCGGAAUAAUCGGGGAGGUGCCUUCUUUGCACAAGUAUCUUCUGGGCAACAUCACGUUGAGGAAGGUGAUGGAAAAACUCGGAGUUCCGGAUCCAUUGCCAAUAGUUAUGAAUAUGGUGAUGGAGGGCCUAGAAGAUUACGAUGCCAAACAAGACUCUUCUGAACGAGGAGAUUUCUUGGCGUAUUUGCGACGGGAGCAAGCGUCUACUGGUGAACACAUCAGUACUCGAGAUAUGAUGAACCACUUGAUGGGCAAUCUGCUGGCUGGCAGUGAUACGACUGGCAUCGCCCUCCGAGCUCUUUUCUACUAUGUCUUGCGCGACAAGCGCGUGUAUGAUAUUCUACAGAAGGAAAUCGACGAAGCACAAGCAAAAGGAGAACUGUCGCCCGUGGUCACGUUCGGAGAGAGCCAAAAGCUCGUAUAUCUCCAAGCAUGCAUCAAAGAAUCCAUGCGGAUGCACCCAGGCGUAUCCUACCCCCUCGAACGCAUCGUCCCGAAGACGGGCGCCGAAAUCUCUGGGUUUCACCUACCGGCCGGCACCAUCGUAGGCAUGAACGCCGCCGUGAUCCACCGCGACCGCAGUAUCUUUGGCGACGAUGCCGAUACCUUUAGACCCGAGCGCUGGCUGAGCGACGACAUUGAAGCUGUCAAGACAAUGGACCGGCAUAACAUGAGUUUUGGGGCUGGUGUCCGUACUUGUAUUGGCAAGAACAUCUCAAUCAUGGAAGUCGGAAAGGUAGUACCCCAGAUAUUGAGGCAGUUUAGUCUUGAAUGGGCGUCGAGCGAGCCGGAGUGGCAGGUGACAACUUAUUGGUUUGCGAAGCAGUCGGGCUUGUUGCCAAGAUACCGCAAGCUUGUGUGCAAAGCGAAGAAGUACGAGAGCCCCAUGGAGAUCUCCCGGCACCUCCACAGGCUACCCCGCAAAAACGGGAUCCCUAAGCCUCUUCGGGCCCUCUGCAUAUGUCCCGCGACCUACAGCACGAAACGCCGACGCGAGGUCACAAUUAGGGGUGUCCUUGAGCUAUCCAGGGUCCUGGUGCACUGGGGGCCAAAAGCGACUGAGUUCCUGGAUCGUCAUGUCUCCCGAGUCGCCUCGGAUUAUCACAGCCGACCAUCUUCAAGUGUUCGUUCCCAUCCAUCAACUCCCAACUACCAACGCCUGAAGGAAGCUUCUGAACUGACAUCUGCCGUGGUCGUGGAACAGGUGACCAAGUUCGUCCUGCGUGUGGAAACUGCCGUACACGUCUCAUCAGUUGUUCGUAUACCAAAAGAAGAAGGAAACCAGGACCUCCAAAAGGAUGCACAAAACGACUCAAACCCUCGACUUAUGGUAUACCAUCUAGAGCUUCGAAUCGAACAAGAACUAAUGGCGAUGCAUCCCUUAUGUCUUGGUCUGAGCAUGUCUUGGGAAGACCCCUAUCAUACGGCCCAAACCAACGCGAAACGACUCAGAAGUGCGCUGCGCAUGUCACCCCGCCUCAAAAUGGCCCUGUUCACCGUGUCUUCACGCUUCGCGAACCCAGGCGUCAUACCGUGGUCACCAGAAGACUUUGCUAACCGAGCUCAAAGUCUCUCAAGCGACUCGGAACUGAGCGUGGAUGAACUGAAAGCAUCUUUUCUCCUGUGCCUUCACGCCAUGUCUGACUCCUUGACGUGGGCAACUGUCACCGAAACCACCAAGAUCACCAGGAUGGCUGAUUUGUACUACACGAUGUGCCUUGGAGGACAGCGUAACGUGUCUGGCAGGGCCUUUGAUCUCAAUGGCGAGAAGGACGCCGGCGGUGGGGAUGGACUGGCAGCAAGACGACGGGACGAGGCGGAGGACUUGGAUGCUGAGAUGGAGGAGUGGGCCAGGGUAUGGUGGUGCAUCUACCGCCUUGACUCCUGCUGCUGUGCCAUCACUGCAUCACCAAACGCGAUAUCGAAUCGCCUCGAAGAGAAGAUCAGGCUCACGUCUGAAUCACCUACCGAGUCCAUGAUCCAGCCGUCUCUUGACUCUGAACACAAUCAGGACCUAUCGCAGCACGAGUCUCUGAGCAGAUCAACGCAUCCGAAACACUGGCGGACGAUGAAAGCCAUCUUCUCACAGCCGGCAUGUACGAAUCAGAGCCUCUACCUCGGCGUAUGCACCUUUGUGAGAUCCGUCACGGAACUCAGAUCCCUAGUCAAGUCCGGCCGCACCAAAGGCCUCGAGAACCGCCUGCGAGAGCUCGAGAGCGACAGCGCGGCCACGGCGUUUGCGUUGCCUUCGUGGUACUUUCAGCCCGUGAGGAAUCUGAGCGUUGGCGAGACGGGAGGAGACCACGCGUCUCGGUUGAAGAAUUUGCUCGUCUGGUCCUGCUCCGACUUGCUACUCGCCAUCUGUGCCGUGGAGAUGAGCGGCUCGUCGACCGCGGCUGCUCCCGAUCUCACAGCACACUGGCACUCGAUCUUGGACAAGGCAAACGACGCGGCCGAAGUCGUCGGAAAAUGGAAGCCCGCCUACCUUGACGUUGUUGACCCGUUGUGCUCCUACAUUGUUCUUUUGGUUGGCGCAAUCUUCUCUUUGCAAAGAGCGCUCUCGUCCGAGAUGUCCCUUUUCUCCUCCCAGCUUGAUCUGCUGGAGUUGUUUAUGGAGCAGAUAGGGAGCCGUUGGCCUAUUGCAAACCGCCUCGGCAGUAAGUACUUUUCCUUCAUGGUUUCCGAAGAUGAACAAGCUGACCCAAAGGGCGGAAAAGAAUCACUUCAAUCCAUACAGAGAAACUUGUCUUCAGGAAAGUCUACUUGUACCCUUGAGACGGCGCUCACCUAUGUCCGCCAGUUGACUCACCCUUUCGAUGGGCAACCUGUCCACCCUGUCUUGAAAGGUGAUGCCCCGGGAGCUAUCAUAUCGGGGCCUACAGAGGCAAGGGACGCAAGCAACGGAUGCUAUUCUAACACGCAUGAGGAGGGAUAUGGUCAUUAUUAUGGCCUCGACGAUGUUGAUUUCGCGAGUCUGGAGGGAGUCUUUGGCGACAUGGACCCGAUGGACAUGCUGCUGCAGGUAGGUUGUUGA